AUGGCCCCCAGGAAGCACAAGCACAGCAGCGGCAGCCGCAGCAAGGACCACAACCGCAACAACCGCCGCCUCGAGGACCUCGUCGCGGGCGGCAAUGCCAUCAAAGGUCUCCUGGGCGACCCCAGCUCCAUCCCCCCUUCGAAGGUGAUGAAGCUGUGGAAAAAGAAGAAGAAUAAGGGAAAGAAGAAGGACUACAAGGGCAACGACAAGAAGGAAGUUAAAGAAAAGAAGGAGGAAAUGAAGAAAAUCCAGGCCGAAUUGUCCAUGGAAAAACUGGUGAGAUGCUUCCCAUUCAUGCAUGAGCGGGCGGAGAUUAUCCGUCACCAAGGCGCUCUGGAACGCGAGGAGGAGAGCAUCCGCUGGAGGCGUGAAAAGCUCUCUCGUCUCCGUCAGGAGCUGGCGGAGAUGCAGGCGCAGGCGUAUGCUGACGAGGCGGAUUAA